AUGACGGGAAGGUCGCAUGAGACCUUGCUAAAGCUUCAUAAGCGGUACGGCGACGUCGUCCGCAUUGCCCCCAACGAGCUGUCGUAUCUGCAUCCCGCGGCAUGGAACGAUAUUAUGGGCCACCGUAAGGACGGACAGGAGGAGAACAUCCAUUCGCCCGAGUUUUACAAUGUUGCGGGGAGUGAUAACAUCCUCUCUGCCGACCGGGAGCGCCACGCAAGGAUGAGGAGAUUGCUAUCGCAUGGUUUUUCUGCAGCCAGACUACGCGAACAGGAGCCCAUAAUCAACUCCUACGUUGACCUUCUCCUCCUUCGUCUGCGCCAACUUUGCUCCCCCAACGGUAGAACCAAAAUCGAGCUAACGUCGUGGUACAACUUCACCACAUUCGACAUUAUAGGUGACCUCACAUUUGGUGAGUCCUUCCACUGCCUCGAUGGGUCCAACUAUCACCCUAUGGUGAAGGCCAUCUUCGACAGCCUCAAAUAUGACGCCUUUCUUGGUACUCUGGGGCGUUUCCCGCGUCCUAUCGCCAAGAUCGCGCUGAUGUUGCUUCCUUCUGAAGUAAUUAAAGCCAAGAUAUCCAACGCUGCACAGGCUCGACGCAAUGUCGAUAAGAGGCUGGCACUGGAAAAGUCCAGGCCGGACUUCGCCGACGCGAUGACAAGAAAGGCCGGCUCUUUUAUCAUGACACGAGACGAACUGUAUGAGAACUCAGAAAUCUUGAUGAACGCGGGAUCAGAGACCACUGCAACCGCCCUGUCUGCAGCGACAUACUUCCUCGCCACCAACCCAGACGCAUUGCAGCGACUCACGAGCGAGAUCCGCGGGGCAUUCGCAACUGAAUCGGAGAUCAAUAUGCUCUCCACUGAGAAGCUGGUGUACCUAAAGGCCGUCAUUGAGGAGACACUCAGGGCGUAUCCUCCUCUGCCCACUGUACUCCCGCGCAUGAUCCCCCCCAAGGGUCAGGAAAUGAUGGGUCGAUGGGUGCCCGGCAACACAACUGUGGGCGUCUGGCAAUGGCCCAUGUUUCACGACGAGCGCAAUUUCUCUAAGCCCUUCAAGUUCCACCCCGAGCGGUGGCUUGGAGAUGAGAGAUUCGCAGGCGACCAAAAGGAAGCGUUGCGACCGUUCAGUCACGGCCCGCGGAACUGCCUCGGAAUGAAUCUGGCCUACUCCGAGCUCCGUCUCAUCUUGUCCAGGAUGCUCUGGACAUUCGACUUGGAGAUUUCUGCCGAGAGCCAGGGUUGGUUAUCUCACAAUGCGUUUCUCAUGUGGGACAAGCCGCCGCUGCACGUCUACCUCACUCCUCGAACGUCCUCAGUUUAG